CACUGACUCGAGAUCAUACGUCGUUCUAGUUUGGACGCGAGCGUUUGUACGAAGUCAAGAAAUUUUAUAAAUAUUAUAAAAAUGCAGAAAGAAUCUCAGAAAGUAUGUUUACCUUUAUCGGUUAAUUUAACAAAAUGCGUUACAACUUGUAAAAAUAGUGAACAAUAUCUUAUGAACUUUUUACAAAACUUACUACCAUCGUCUGAUAUGAAAUCUGCAGCAGAUGAAUUGAGAAAGACUUAUAUAUUUAGCAAACUUAGAUCUAAAGCUACGAAAAAUAUUAAAAUCAAAAAAAAAUUUUUAACUACGAGAAAACGGAUAUUACUUGGAUUAGGUAAAAUUAGUAAUAAUAAAAAUGGUUUAAAAUAUACAGAUCUAUUACCACUCCAUGAACUGUGGUUAAAAUAUAUACAAAAUAUUUUGGGUGAUAAAUUUUCAUCCAAUGCGACUCAUAAUCCAAUUGAUUCUAAUUGGGAGAAUAUAAAUCAACAAUUAAUAAAAGCCGAUUUCCAUGGUGCUAAAAUCUCUGUAGUCAAAUCUAAAUGUCCUAGUUUAGUUGGUAUUAAUGGUAUAGUUGUGCAAGAUACUAAGAAUACUUUCAAAGUAUGUAGUACAGACAAUGUUAUUCGCACCUUACCAAAGGAUGCUAUAGUAAUGGAACUUUACUUACAUGAAUUAACGCUGCAAAUAUAUGGAAAACAGUUGUCCAUAAGACCUACUGAAAGAACAGUUAAAAAAUUUAAAAACGCACAUACCUUUGAAUUAUAACAAGCUCUAAUUUAUGUACAAUGUAUGAUAUUUUGCAUCAAAGUACACAUUAUUUAUAAGAUAUCUUUCUUAUAGAGUAAUAUUCAUGUUCAUUAAAAUACAUUCAAUCAAAUUUUUCGUAGAAUAAUACUUGAAUGCUAUAACGCAAUCUAUUUAAAAUGUAAAUGUAUGUAAAUAAAAUCUACAUGUAUACAUAUAUAUGUAUACGUAUAUAUGUUAGAAAAUUAGGCAUAAAACAGCAUGUUCACAAAAACAUCUAUUAUAUAAUAGCUGAUACAAUAAUAAGUUAUUAAAAUACUUGAAGCGUGAGCAUCGUAUUUCUACAUUUUCACUAUCUCAGAACGUAGUUUACCUAAUAAAUAAUUUUUUUUUUCUUUUUUUUUUUUUUCCUUUUUUUUAUUUCAUAUCUUUAUCCUACUGUAUCAUUUAAAUAUACAUAAUAUAAUUAGCCCAUGCUAUGUAUGCUAUGAGCAAAAUAAUAAGGCAACUUUUAAUAAAGAUUGCUUUUCAUUAAAAUA